AUGGGCUCUCCGAUUUCGGGAUUCAUCGCCGAGGCGGUGCUCCAGCGGUUGGAGUCGCUGGUCUUCCAACACCACAGACCGAAAUUCUGGACUCGGUAUGUGGACGAUACCUUCGUUGUCAUCGAACGGGAUCAGGUGCUAACGUUCACAGAACGUCUCAACAGCGUCUUCCUGGACAUACAAUUCACGAUGGAGGAGGAAGAGAAUAACCAGCUGGCAUUCCUUGAUGACCUCGUCUGUCGCAAAGAUUGUGGUGGCCUAAAGUCCAAAGUGUUCAGAAAAGCAACGAACACGACGCAAAUUCUGAACUUCAACAGUAACCACCCAAUCUGCCACGAACACAUUUGCGUAAGAACGCUAUUUCGGUGUGUUGAGAAGCACUGCAGUGAACCAGAAGACAAGGUUGCCGAAUCCCAAUAUCUUCGACGGGUUUUCCGAGAAAACGGUUACCCGCGCAACUUCGCCAACCAGUGCCUGCGCAAACGAGACGAGCGACAAAAUCGCGCCGACCCCAAGUUCUGGCGAGCGAUCCAGUACAUCAAGAACGUCUCCGAGGCCGUUAGCCGCUUUCUUGCACCACUUGGGGUUGGAGUUGCGCACAGACCGGAGGCCACCAUGAGGCGUCAAGUGAUGAGACCAAAUGACACACUGCCACGGCAAGAAACAUCUGGAGUCAUUUACCGGAUCUAG